AGUGUUUAUCGCCCGCCAGACGUCUGCCCUGCAUCAAGUCUCUGUGACCAUCACUCCUAGCAGGUCUCAGUAUUUCGAGUAUGAGAAGAUGUCAGUGGGAUGUGGUGAUUGGACGGCGUGGAGAUACACAACAGACGGGCUGAAGCUGUCCCGGUGUGCGGUGGGCUGGGGCGACCAGAUUUCCUCCAACUGCGACGUGAAAGCAGUCAAGCUGUCCGACAGCGGAGUGUACUGGUGUGAGUCUAAACACGGAGACAGCAGCCAAACCGUCAACAUCACCGUGACGGGAGGCCGUGUGAUCCUUGAGAGUCCUUUCCUCCCCGUGACGGAGGGAGAAGACGUCACUCUGCACUGUAGGACAAAGAAGUCCUCCAACCUGACAGCGGAUUUCUACAAAGAUGGCCGCCACAUCGGGAGCGGGAUGAGUAAGACCAUUGGCAAUUUUUCCAAGACUGAUGAAGGCGCCUACAAAUGUAAAGUUAAAGAUGGAGAGUCUCCAGUCAGCUGGCUGCUGAUGAAAGAUGAUUCUGCGCCUGCCACGCUCACAGCGUCCCCUAACUCGUCUCAGCUGUUUGAGUAUAAGAAACUGUCUCUGAGCUGUGGGGACAACAGCACAUCUCAAGGGUGGAAGAUCUUCAGGGCCACGAGUUCCAAUGCUAAGUCUGUUGGGAAGAUGUCCAGCUGUGGGGAGAAUUGGGGGGUUCCUGACUCCUUUGGCUGCGUGCUCCAUGCUGCCAAGCAGGAUGACAGCGCAAUCUACUGGUGCGAGUCCCCCGAAAGGCGGCGAAGCAACUCUCUCAACAUUGCUUUUCACGAUAAACCGGUAAUCCUGGAGAGUCCCGUCUUCCCUGUGAUGGCGGGAGAAGACGUCACUCUGUACUGCAGAACAAAGCAAUCGUCCAACCUCGCGGCUGUUUUCUAUAAAGACGACUCGAAGAUCCGGAAUGAGUCUUCAGGUCACAUGACCAUCUACAGUGUUUCCACGUCUGAUGAAGGCCUCUACAAGUGUCACAUCAGAGGGGUUGGAGAGUCUUCACCCAGCUGGCUGUUAGUCAGGGGUAAGGAAGUCGUAGGGCCUGCACUUUAG